ACGCCAUUAAGGAGCCAGAAGCCACUUGUGAGCAUUGAGAGGCACCAUGCCUGCAGCCGUUACUCCAAAUGCAGCUACAAAGAAGAAGAAGCUGUUAUGCAAGACCAUACAUGAGGCAGUAAAAAAUGGGAAUGUAAAAAAGCUCACGGAAAUGGUGAAAUGUGGAAUCAACCUUAAUGAGGUGGACCCAAUCCACAAAUUUACACCCUUGCACUGGGCAGCCCAUUCUGGAAGCCUGGAGUGUCUUCACUGGCUGCUCUGGCAUGGAGCUGAUCCAACCAUUGUGACAGUAAGGGGCUGGACUGCAGCUCACCUUGCUGCCAUCAAAGGGCAAGAUGCAUGCAUGCAGGCCCUUCAUCUCAGUGGUGUAAAUUUAGGAGUCCAGGAUGAUCGAGGGUGUACUCCGGCUCAUCUAGCAGCAAACCAUGGGCAGUCAUACACAUUACAAACCAUACUAAGGAGUGGGGUGGAUGUGAAUGUUUCUGAUAAGAAUGAUUGGAAGCCUGUUCACAAUGCAGCUUUCCAUGGCAGGCUGGGCUGUCUACAACUCCUGGUGAGAUGGGGAGCAACUUUAGAUGAUGUGGAUAGCAAUGGAAACCUCCCAGUUCAUCUGGCAGCCAUGGAGGGUCAUUUGCACUGCUUUAAGUUCAUUGUGAGCAAGAUGCCCACUUUGGUUCAUGCGCUGAAAGCCAGAAAUGACCAUGGGGAGACUCCGAGGGACCUAGCAGAUCGGUUUUACAAGGACAGUAUUGUUGAGCACAUCGAUGAGCUACAGAAGGAGAAGGGUCUUUUCGAAAGGGAGGAAAAUUUAACAUUUCCAGGUCAUGAGGCUGCCUUUAGAGGAGACCUGGACAUAUUAAGAACACUGUUGGAAAAUAGGAUCAUCAAUAUUAAUGAGCGGGAUGAUAAGGGAUCCACUCUGUUGCACAAAGCUGCUGGACAAGGCCAUUUACAUGUCCUGGAAUGGCUGAUCAAUAGAGAAGCAGACUGUGAUAUUGCCAAUGAUGCUGGAGAAACACCAAAAGACAUUGCCAAGAGGUUUGCCCAGUUGGCUGUUGUGGAAUAUUUAAAAAAUAAGAUGGGCAAUGAUUCUGAUGAGGAAAUUGACAUAGAGGACCCACGGUUCUUUCAAAGACACAGUGUGGAAGGGAGCACAGACAGCAAAAGUGAUUUGGAUGUAGAGACACAGACUAAAGUGGACGGUCGUGAAAGAGCCUUCAAGAAGAUUGAAGAGCUACAGGGAUUCCUGGAAAUUGCCAUCAGCAACUAUAAACAACUUGGAGGAAUAACCCCUGAAGAAAGGCAGAAGAAAAUAGAAGAUAAGAAGCUAAUCAAGUUGUUGGGGGAGCUGGAGUUACAGCUAGAGUACGAACGAGUGCGUCGGGAGAAGCUGGAGGCCCAGGUGGAUGAGUACCGGGAAGAAAUAAAAACCCUUAAAGAACAACUUGAAGAAACCCAGGUCACCACAGCCCCCAUCCCUUUGGAGACUUCUGGUUCUGGAAAACCAGCCUCUGCUUUGGAUAAGGUGACCUCAGAUGUUGGGAAAAAGAAACAGAGGAAGCCUUUAUUCAGUCCUGGUGGAGUAUUUGUGAGAAGAUACUGAAGGGGUAAAGAAAGAAGCGCUAAGGUCCUUCUCAGCAUUUGGUUGACACAACAGUUGGAUUUAUGAAGCAAGUCAGGCUGAAAAAAUGUGCUUUUUCCUAGGAGAUACCUACCAUAAUAGAGACCUUAUGAACAGUUAAUGGCGGUAUUGGGGGACAAUUUUUAAGAAGAAAAUUGGGAAGUGGAUAGGUCAGCCCCAUAAGGCCAUCUGGAUGACCCUAACUUGACAGUGGCCAACCUUUGAUUUAUUAUGUGUGUUAUUAAAGCAUGUUGUCCACUCCUCCUGGUUGAUUAUUAAAAGUUCUAGAAAAGUAUAUUCUAACACCCUCCUUUCUCUGAGCAGCCACUAUGGUUUGCUGUUGCUCUUUUUCUCUC